CAGCCAUUGGGCUGGGGCAGCAACCUGGCCACCUUGCACACGCCCCUUGGGCUGCUGCCCCACAAUGGCCAGUUUGCUCCGGGCUGCUGCGAACCCCUGGGGGCUGUUCCCCUGGAGGGGCUACUGCUCCAGGGGGACGAAGGGCGAGCUCAGCAAAGACUUUGUGGAGGCUCUGAAGGCAGUUGUGGGGAGCCCUCAUGUGUCCACUACUGCUGCUGACCGAGAGCAGCACGGGCACGAUGAGUCCAUGCACAGGUGCCGACCUCCAGGCGCUGUGGUGUGGCCCCAGAAUGUGGAACAGGUCAGCCAGCUGGCCGCCCUGUGCUACAGCCAAGGAGUGCCCAUCGUCCCAUUUGGCACUGGCACGGGGCUUGAGGGUGGAGUCUGUGCCAUGCAGGGCGGCGUCUGCAUCAACCUGACACGCAUGGACCAAAUCCUGAGGGUAAACCCACAGGACUUCUCUGUGGUGGUGGAGCCCGGCGUCACCCGCAAAACGCUCAACACCUACCUGCGGGACAGUGGCCUCUGGUUUCCUGUGGACCCGGGCGCGGACGCCUCCCUCGGGGGCAUGGUGGCCACCGCGGCCUCCGGCACCAAUGCUGUGCGGUAUGGCACGAUGCGGGACAACGUGCUGAACCUGGAGGUGGUGCUGCCCGGGGGCCGGCUGCUUCACACCGCGGGCCUGGGCCGGCACUUCCGGAAGAGUGCAGCAGGCUACAACCUCACAGGGCUCUUCGUGGGCUCUGAGGGGACACUGGGACUCAUCACGGCUGCCACCCUGCGCCUGCACCCCGCCCCUGAGGCCACGGUGGCCGCCACCUGCGCAUUUCCCAGUGUCCAGGCUGCUGUGGAUGCCACCGUUCACAUCCUCCAGGCUGCAGUGCCCGUGGCCCGCAUUGAGUUUCUGGAUGAAGUCAUGAUGGACGCCUGCAACAGGCACAGCCAGCUGAACUCCUUCGUGGCACCCACACUCUUCCUUGAGUUCCACGGGUCUGAGCGGGCACUGGCCGAGCAGAUAGAGCGGGCAGAGGAGAUCACCCAGCACAACGGAGCCUCCCACUUCUCCUGGGCCAAGGGGGCCCAGGAGCGCAGCCGGCUCUGGGCGGCGCGGCACAACGCCUGGUACGCCGCUCUGGCCCUGCGGCCAGGCUGCAAGGGCUAUUCCACCGACGUGUGUGUGCCCAUCUCCCGGCUGCCGGAGAUCCUGGUGCAGACCAAGGAGGACCUGAAGGCGUCAGGACUCACAGGAUGCAUUGUUGGACAUGUGGGCGAUGGCAAUUUCCAUUGUAUUCUGCUGGUGGACCCAGAGGACACCGAGGAGCUCCGCAGGGUCAGGGACUUUGGAAAACAGCUGGGCAGGCGGGCACUGGCACUCCACGGGACGUGUACUGGGGAACAUGGCAUUGGUCUGGGCAAGCGGCAGCUGCUACAGGAGGAGGUGGGCGUCGUGGGCAUGGAGAUCAUGCGGCAGCUGAAGGCCAUGCUGGAUCCCCGAGGCCUCAUGAACCCAGGCAAGGUGCUGUGAGGGUCUCCAAGUACUUGGCCUACAAGCCCCCAGACAGUGGAACCUCCUGUUCUGGAACCUUCCUUCUUGUCACAAAACAGUUCUGUCUUGGCCCAGAUCUGCAGGUAUCCUUGCUUGCCUUCCCCUUGGUCCAGCCCUCCCUGCUGCUGAGGGCUGGGGGCAAGGCCUCAGGGACUUAGCUCCCUCAGCCCUACUCUACCUGUCUGGUGUGGGGACAGGAAUAGGCCUUUCCUGGUGUAGGUGUCCUUGGGCCCCUGAAAUAAACCAGAACCCCAUUUGCAGCAGUUUGGAGAUAAGCAGACAGUACCUGUGAAUGGCCUCCUGUGCCUGUCCUCACCACCUCCGUCGGGUUCUCUAACCUUUGUCCUUGUCCCUCGUCCCUCCUCCCCUGUCUGUCCUCUGACUUAUCGCAGCCUGGGAGGGAGGGAAUGGUGCUUAGGCUACAGAAAGUCACUUUCAGGGACGAAAGUCCCUGUCACAACUGCUGCUCAUGAGAACAGAGAGCCUGAGGAUUUGCCCAUGGCUGACGCCCCUCACAACUGGCCUGGACUGGGCCCGAGAACAUUCUGAACAUGUUCUUCAAAUGGCUGCUGCCAAUCAAUGGAAAAGGAAGUGAAAUUUUUGUCCUCGUA